UGUGCCUGGCGCGCCGCCCGUCUCCAUGGUGAGCGCGCGGCGCCGCGGCCAUGGCGGAGCCGCCGUGCAGCGCGGGCGGCGCCGUUUACCGCUCCCGCGACCCCGUGCGCAACCUGCGGCUCCGGGUCCGCAUCCAGCGGCUCACGUCGGCCGGGCCCCUCCUGCCGCAGGCGCCGCCGCCGCUCGCCAGCCCGCGCGGCCCCGAGCUCCUGGGCCUGAACGAGCGCGCCGCCCGCGGUACGGGGGGCGGAACGGGGGGGGCGGACCGGGGGGCUGGGGGGGCGGGCGGGGCCCCGCCGCCGGAGGUGACCCGACCGACUCCCGCAGGUGCCCGGCGGCCCCCGGAGGAGGAGCAGGAGGAGGCCGAGGUGGGGUGGCAGGAGAAGCUCUUCAGCCAGUUCGAGGUGGAUUUGUACCAAAAUGAGUCGGCCUGCCAGACUCCCCUGGACCGGCAGUACCACGCGGAGAUCCUGAAACUGGAGAAGGCUGGAGGUCGGAAGAACUGUCGCAUCUUCACCUACACUGACCAUGACCGAUUCACCAACCUAGAGGAGCACUGCCAGAAGGUCACUGACUCAGAUCACGAGGUGCCAUCGUAUCUGGCAGAGAGGAUGGCCAAUGUGAGGAGGAGAAGACAAGACCGUAGGCCAGUAGAAGCGAGUUCUCUGAAGUCAAAAAUCAUCACCUGGGAACCCUCAGAAGAAUUUAUAAAGAACAAUCAUGUGAUUAACACUCCUGUCCAGACCAUGUACAUCAUGGGGGACUUGGGACCGUAUGGGAAGCUUGGUCACAGGGACUAUGAACAUGUUCUUUGCACAAUCAAGGUGGACGGCAACGGGGUGAUCACGGUGAAGCCCGACUUUACUGGCACCAAAGAACCCUACCGGAUUGAGCUGGAUGGAGAGAAGCGAGAGGUGUGGAAAUACACCAUUGAGAACGCGUCUGUCCAGGUGCAGCCAGAGGAGGAGGAACGCGAGCAGCGCGUGUUCAGAGAUCUGUACGGUCGGCACAAGGAAUACCUCAGUGGUCUCGUGGGCUCGGAAUUUGAAAUGACUCUUCCUGGUACACUGCGGCUGUUUGUGAAUGGGGAAAUAGUUUCAGCUCAAGGCUAUGAGUAUGACAACCUCUAUGUGCAUUUUUUCCUGGAGCUGCCUGACCAGUGGUCGAGCCCCGCGCUCCAGCAGCUCUCGGGAGUGACGCAGACCUGUGCCACCAAGGCAGUGGGCUGGGAUAACGUGGCACACUUCUGCUACCCCUUCACUUUGGAGAUGUUUUUCACUCAAGCAGAUGAAGCAGAAGACAGUCUCCCCCAGUGGCCUGUUCUCUACUUUGAGGUCCUGUCCCUGGAUUUCUGGCAGAGGUACCGUGUUGAAGGAUACGGUUCCCUGGUGCUGCCAGCAUCUCCAGGUCUCCACGCGCUCACCAUCCCGACCUGGCGCCCUGUGGAGCUGGGCACAGUUGCUGAGCUGAGGAGGUUUUUCAUCGGUGGAUCUCCUGAGCUGGAGGACAUCACCUACGUCAGGACGCCGUCGACCUUCAAGGGAUCGCGUCUGAGCCGCCUUGGUUUUCGCACAGAGACAACAGGCAGCGUCACAUUCCGCCUUUACUGCCUGCAGCAGUCUAAAGCAUUUCUGGAAACCAGUGCCCUGAGGCAGCGCAUGCAGAGCGUGCUGGACCGGCUUGGAGGCUUCAGCCAGCAGUGCUCUGUCUACAACGUUUUGGAGGCUUUCCAGAGGGCCCGGCGCCGGAUGCAGGAAGCGCGCCAGAGCCUUCCCCAGGACCUCAUCAGCACCUCUGCCCCCGCUGGGCACCACCCGCAGGAACCGUGAUCGACCCCUCCGCCGCCAGCGCCUUCCCUCCAACACGAGCUCCUGGAGUCCAGCAGGAGCCACGGUGCUGGUGCCUGGAACCUGUUGGACCUUCCUUUGUCAUUUUCCCCGGAUGGGGGAAGGAGCCUGUGACACAUCCAGACCCAUUUCCACCGGUACCUGUGGAAGCAGCCCCUUUUUCGCAACGUGUUCUGUUACCAGUUGCUAACAAUAUAGCCAAUUGUUCACGUUUCUGCUGAGCAGAUGAAAAUACAGACACAGGACCUGUGAACCUUUUAACACAUUUUCAAGAAUUGAAUAGUGAAGGAUUAGAAAACUUUCAAGUCUACAUGAGUUGUUAAAUUUAGUUUUUUUCUCAAAGAAGAGGGUGAUGUUGAAGGUUGAAGCAUGAGUACUAAUUUAACAAAAUAAGUAGGUAACUUGAGAAGUGCUGAUAAUUGUCAGCAUAGGUCAGUCAAUAGUAAAAUAAAUCUGUCCACCUGUGCCUUAAGAUUGAUUCAUUCCUAGAGAGCGAGCUCCCUGCCACCUGUAAUGUAUGAAAUCAAAGCAAAGGAAUGAUGCUUGACAGAUUGAGAACUGGAGAAAAGGGUCGCGUUCUCUGUUCCCGUGCAUGUGCCCAUAACAUUUCUGGCUCUGCAGUGACGAGCAGGCGGAUUCCUUGUUCAAGAAUACAACUGAAAACACCAUUCCCCAUAGUUUGCAGCAGAACUUUGGCUGGGGCUGGCCGGUGUGCAGACAACGAGAGCAGGUUACAGCAUUUGCACAGCAGCUGAACUUUGAACGGCUCAAGCUGUUCGUUUGCGCGAUGGUUCGUUGUUCCACCUCUGCGGUACAUGGCAUCGCUUCCCGGGGAAGCACGUGUGCGCUCUGUUUUUAGCCAGUUUCUUCUGUUCUUUUCUUUUUUCCCUGUUUCUGUUCCUCUCUCAAGUUCACAGGAGCAAGGUACCUGCAUGCUGACAGCGCUGCGGUGAUCCGUGCAUGAGUCACGUUUCCGUGUGUUCUCUGCUCCUCGCACAAGGGAUAGGAAGGGAAAUCUCAGGCUGAGAUCAGGCAGGUCUGAGUGUGUCUGUGAAGUUCGAACUCACAGGCAGAAUAUGAAACAGGAAUGGGUCUUUGUCUUGCUCUGCACGUUCCUCCUUUGCAGGGAACGUGAGACUCGUGCUUACAGCCGUGUGACUGUUAGAACAUCCCGCUCUUCCCUGGUGCUCUGUUGUCUUCCUCACUCCCUUCUUGCCAUUUUCAUCUUGUCCCAGCUUUCACUGGGGAAACCAAGCUCCUGGGUUUGUUCCUCCUUGACCUGUGCUGUAGUUCCUCGAUCUGCCUGGCAGCUUGCAUAUGCCUGGCAAUUUCAAUUACAAACGAGGAGUUUUGCUCACCUUCCUUGGCUGCUAUCCCUCUGUUCAGACGGAAGAGGCUGCCAGCGUGUAUGAGAGCACGGCGCGUUAGCAGGGCGCCGUGUCCUCGGCCUGGAGCGCGGUGACGUCUGGUGCACCAGUCGGGUCUCCCCUCGGGCUCUGGGUGUGAUGGCUGCAAAGGCAAACGCGCGGUUCUGAGGUGUGUGCACUGUCCAUACAGUCACGUUUCACAGAGGCUGACCCGCGCAGUGCCCGGGGUGAACACGUAGUGCUCACUAUCGAUUUUUUUCUUUAAUAGUAAUUCACGUCAUGGCCGUAUAUGUUUAUUGCAUCCCAUCAGCAAUACUGAAUUCCCUUCUGGGUGUUGCUGUUGUGCUUAUCACCAAGAGCUGAAUUGCCUGUCUCUAAAGCCCUUUUCAGGAUUGAGUUACAAGGUGAAGAGAAUGUUCUUUUUUUCAGUGAAGUAACAAAACACCUUUCAGAUUGAGAUGCUGCCAAGGGCAGAUCUGUUAGUGAGUGGACUGUUCUGAUUAGAAGAUCGGGUUCCUGACUCGUGGUCGUUGCUCAGCACAUUUACACGGCAGGAUUUGGUGUGUUGAGUGUGUUAAGGUUGCACGGAGAUGCAGUGAGGUUUGCAUAAUGAUACUAGUAUUGCUAAUUAAAACUGAAAAGUGUAAAAUUUAUAAAUAAAAAAUUAUUAUAACCAAAGAAACAAUUCUUCCAAAGUAAGACAAUGUUAGCAGUGUUUCACCCUCGUGCUUGCAGCCUCCUUGGCCUGACAGAACAAAAUGGUCCUCGUAAAAGAUGUUUUGGUGAACGCCUUCAGCAAAUGUUCUUUGAAUAUGCCCUUUUAUAAAUAAAACUAGCAAAUUUCCAUAUA